AUGCCGCCCGCCGCCGCCUUCCUCGCGCCCGCCAUCCUCAUCGUCCUCCUCGCGCGCCUCGCCGCGGCCGCCAGCCCCACAGGGGUGGAGUGCGUGCUCUUCAACGAGGAGUACAUGACCUGCACGUGGGGCACCGCCGAGACGCUCAGCACCAACUACUCCCUCUACUACUGGUACGAGAACCGCUCGCCCGUGGCGGAGUGCAAGCACUACGUGCGGGAGCGCGGCGUGCGCGUGGGCUGCCGCUUCGCCGGCCGCGAGCUCGUGCAGUUCCAGCCCUUCCGCGUGCGCGUCAACGCCAGCGUGGGCGGCCAGAGCCGCGAGAUCCCCAGCGAGCGCAUGGAGCUGCAGGACCUGGUGAAGCCCGAGGCGCCCGUCAACCUCACCGUGCGCAACCUGAGCAGCAACGAGCUGGAGCUGCGCUGGAGCUCGCCCUACCCCAAGGCCUGGUGCCUGGAGCACGCCGUCAAGUACAAGAGCAACAAGGACACGAGCUGGACGGAGCUGGGCGUGAAGAGGGAGAUCUUCUCGCUGCCCAGCGUGGAUCACGAGAAGAGCUACACCUUCUACGUGCGCAGCAAGGUCAACAGCUACUGCGGCAGCACGCGGCUCUGGAGCGAGUGGAGCGUGCCCGUGGCGUGGGGCAGCGACGGCACCGGCAAGGGUGCCCCGGGGGAGCACUGGCUCUGGAUCCACACCGUCUUCAUCCCCGUCAUCUCCUCCCUGCUCAUGCUGGUGCUCAUCGUCCUGCUGGUCCGCAUGGAAAGGGUCUGGGUCAUCUUCAUGCCCAGGAUCCCCAAUCCCAGCAAGAACUUCGACGAGCUCUUCAUCACGCACAAAGGCAACUUCCAGGAAUGGGCCGGCGUCCCCAAGGACGUCGUGGAGAGCUUCAAGCCCAACUAUAGCGAGAGCAUCUGCCACGUGAGCGAGGUGCCGGCCAAGGAGGGCGCCGAGCCGCCCUGGGAGGGCAGCGAGGGGCCCGCGGCAGCGCCCGCGGGUGCCCCCGAGCGCGGCCCGCAGCACAACAGCUACGUGGCAGUGUGA